UGAAGGCACUGAGCUCUUCCCCCAGAAAAAAGCCCCAAUAAAGUGCCAUUUUUAGUUUCUUUUUUCAUUUUUUAAUUAUUUUUUUUAGUUUCUUCUUCAGAAUUACGAGGUAUUGAUCUGUCGAUGUCAAACGUUGGAUGACUCAACAUUUGUGAUGGAUGACGUAAUGUUACUUAGAAUCGAUGUACAUUGAACCUACUUCAACACAAGCGUGUUGAUGCCUAACAUGGAUCCAGCUCAGGACGAGGAGAAGAUGUUACGAUGCAGUGUCUGCAGCCGAACAUUUUCGUUUCCGGAAACUUUAGCGAAUCACCAGCUUAUGCAUGAGACUCCAGUCAAGGCAAAGGCGUCACACAACAAGCAGAAGGCCAAACGAGUGCACAAAACGCAAGCAAGAACCGAAGGACACCACCCUUACAUUAGACGUCAGUCUCCAGAAAAAAUAGUCCCAGACAAAUCCCUGGCUGUUGGACAAACUGUUUCCCACGAAGUAGUAAUCGGCGACAUAUCUUCUCCUACUUGGACCUAUCACGUGGAACCACCUAAAAGAGAGGCAGACCUAACCAAAGAUGGAGUACGAUAUUCCAGUGAAAAUAUUUCUUGGCCGUACAAUCCGGAAUACUUCAAAAGAUUCACCGAACCGACUAAGCCCGCACACCCAAAUGUAUUCAUACCUAGCCGAAUGACUUGGUGCUACAAUGAACCCUCUGCGAAGGCGUACCAGCAGAAUGUGCCGGUGAUGUCACAUUGUGAUGACAUAACAUGGCCCAGUAAUAAAAUUGACGAUUCUAAGGAACCAAUCGGCUAUCAAGAAACUAUACCGCUUACGGCAGCAUCCAAUCAGACAUCAAAUACUGUUGUGUCUGCGCCGUUUUCAACAGCCAAUCAAACGUUAAGUACUGCCGUUAACACUUCCGCUCCUGCGCAGCUGUUACCUAGUCCAAAACCUUAUAUCGCUGUGCAGUUUCAAUCAAAAGAGGAGAGCAGAGAUGUUGCUCAGCAAGAAAAUCCGACCAAAACGUCAUUGAGCUCUGCUGGAAAUGACGAAGUGUCGGACAACGAUAAGCUGUAUAGAUGUGGUCUUUGUUGGAAAACCUUCUCCUAUUUGGAGACGUUUUCCAACCACAUGCUGGGACAUAGGGAGAGGGCGUUCUGCUUGUGCAAUGUGUGUGGGAAGGAGUUCGACUACCUGCCCAAUCUGGACGCACACGUGACAUCACACAAACCCUACAGAUGCAUCAGUUGUGAUCAACGAUUCAGACUUUGGAAAUGUGCCAAAGAACAUGCACAAAAUCACGCUGUACACGAUGGUGGCAUUCUGGAAGAUUAUAUUUCUUAUGUAUCAUAAUCUGAUAUUGACUGUAGGUAUCGUAAUCUGAUUUAGACUACAUACCAUAAUCUGAUUUUGACUUUCUGCCAAAUCUGAACGCACACGUGACGUUACACACAUGCACCAGUUGUGACCAACGUUCUGACUUUGGAAAUGUGCCUGGAAACAAGUACAGAAUCUUGCUGUCAGUGAUACAGGAAUUUUUGACGAUAAUAAUUAAAUACAAUAAAAUAGAAUUACGUUUGA